AUGGUCUCCACCGGCCUUGGCCAAAGACCAGCCCUGAUCGUCGAAGAAGGACAGGCUGACGGACCUCGGAUCGUUGAUGAAUCAGACCAUGACCAUGAUCUGUCCGCUAUGAUCUCCCCCUCGGCGACUUGUCCACCUCUGGCCGUUUCUGCACCUAUCAACAAGCAGCGGGCUCGCUCGAGACUUUACCAGCUUCAAGAAGCUCAGCGAUUCGCUUGGCAGCAUGACAUCUGCCACCAUCCUAAGCAUGGCUUUUGUAUCAGACCGCAGAGCGAGGGAAGUGUCUACUGUACGGUGCAUUCAUGCUUCGCCAUCAACGAUGAUGGAAACCGAUGUGGCAACCUUGUGAUUGAUCCCACUGUCAGCCGGUACUGUAGCUCCGGCUGGCAUAACGAGAAUCGUCGCUACUCUCAUGUCGAAGAUCUCAAAGCCGCUCGACGAGCCCGCGAGUCAAUGUUAGCCAAAGAGCGCGAAUCCGAAUUGGCCGAACGCGUCUCCUACUUCUCGACACAUUUUUCAAGCGCCCUCGAGUCAUCAUCCUCUCAAUCCUCCACCUGCUCGUCCUCUCGGACAGGUCCUUCGUCUUCUUCUUCUCCCAUCUCCAAGUCCGAGUCCCUCGUCCCUGAGUCCGAUAAAGACGGCUCAGCUCGCGGCACACACAGGCAACGCUCGACCAGCCUCGAACACGAAAGGGGAUGGGGAGCACACGGUAUCGACAAGUGGUGGGUCGGUGACUGGAGCAGAAAGUUUGCUCCCAGUGCCCCAGCCGGACAAUAG